AUGACUCAUUUCCCGGAUCAAAUAAUUCCAGCUUCCAGCCUCAGCUAUAUGCCACUUUGGUUACGACUGGAUAUACAAGAGACGAAAAGGUUGGAAUCGCUAAAUAAAGAAGUGAUAAAUAGUUAUGAAAUAGAAAUUGGUAAACUCUCGGAUUAUAUUACCCACAUCAAUAAAAAACAAGAUACGUUAAUUGAUACAAUAAACGCAUUACAAAAAUCAACUAAGGCAAAUUUAGAUACGCAGAAAGAAAAUAUGGAUUUGAAAAAUGCUCUGUAUAAAAUUCAAAGAGAGAAAACUAUUUUAGAAAAAGAAAUCAACGAUCUGAAAAUCAACCAUAAAUCAGAUUUAGAUACCCUGAAAAAGGAGGCUUUAUUAAAUUAUACAAAUAUGAUGAAUGAGAAAGAACACGAAUAUACCAUGACGUUACAAAAUAACAAGCAAGAAUACCAAAAGUUAACGACCCAAAUGGCUAAAGCUAAUGAAAAAUCGGAAACUGUAGAGAAUCAAUGUAAAGCUCGAAUAAGAAAUAUUACUAUGGAAUGCGAAAACAAAAUAAGCAAAAUUUGUAAACUGCAAAAUAUGAAGAGUAUAUCUACCCAGAAUACAGAAAUCUUUCAAAAGAAAUUGGAGCAUUUAACUAUGGAAAAGGACAAGGAAAUCUCAGAAUUAAAAAUGGAGAUAAAUUCUUUAAAAAGUCGUGUCAAUGUCAUGAGUAAAACUCCAUUUAUCAAUCCAGUGCGAAAUACUUCUAAAAGAACAAAAUAA